AUGUUCCCGUCUACGCGUAUUAAGAGUUGCCUUCCAGUCAUGAAUCCAAUGUUUAAACGACUACGACCGCACAGGCCGUUCAGACAAACUCCGUUCCACAACCAAAGCCAAACAAAGGUUUCGAGUACACAACUACAGAAGUCUAAAUGGAUGAAUUUACGAGCUAUAAUUACUCGUUGGGUGCCUUUAGGCAGUGUUAUCUACGUUGGAUGGUGUUACAUACGAGCUAGUAUUAAUUAUGAAGUUUCUAAAGUCGAAAUUAAAUUUUACGAAAUGUUUCCAUUCCGUGUCACCAGCCGCCUCUGGGGAAGAUUGGCGGCGUGUGAACUUCCAACGUCGAUCAGGAACUUUGUUUAUGGGACGUAUGUGAAGAUGUUUAAUGUUAAUUUGAACGAUGCGGCAGUGACGGAUUUAACGUAUUAUAAAAGUUUAUCGGAAUUUUUCACACGCGCAUUACGUGAAGGCGCUAGGUUUAUUUCACCAUCGAUUUGUGUGUCUCCGUGCGACGGUGUCGUCCUAAAUUGCGGGCCGGCGGACACUGAUAAAAUCGAGCAAGUAAAAGGUGUGACAUACAGCUUGGAAGAAUUCUUAGGUGAAAACAAAUGGUCGAAGUCUACCGAUACCAACUAUUACAACUCCUUAUUAACGGAUAAAAAGAACAUAUUACAUCAAUGCAUAAUUUACCUAGCGCCAGGAGAUUACCACAGAUUUCACUCUCCAUGUGAUUGGACUUCAAAAUUUCGAAGACACUUUUCCGGCAAACUCCUGUCCGUAAACCCAUGGAUGGCGCGGCUCAUACCAGGGCUGUUCACUAUGAACGAAAGAGCUGUGUAUGUUGGUGAGUGGAAAUAUGGAUUUUUUAGUUUGACCGCUGUUGGUGCAACCAAUGUGGGAUCUAUAGAAAUCUAUCACGACCCCCAGUUACGAACAAACACUAAAGGUAAACGUAACAGAGUUGAUGAACUCGUUACCGAGGUUUCUUAUAAGAAAGGUGAACUAUUUGGUCAAUUUAACAUGGGUAGUACAAUAAUCCUUCUAUUUGAGGCACCAAAAGACUUUAAAUUUGAGUUCAAAUCUGGUGAUAGAGUUCAGGUUGGUCAAGCUUUAACAACUGUAGCUGUACAUCAAGCUAGAUGA